CUCACUCCCCCCCGACCGGCCCUUUGGAGUUAGGACUCCCCUUGGGCUGCCGUCCGCCCUCACGCGAACCGCCCCUCGAUUAACAAGCGGUCUUAGGGUGAAUGAGGCGCCCUGAAUUGUGGUUGGCCCGGAACUCUCCAUCAAUUUUGUGCCCAUCGUGAUGUCCACUACUGCUCCCUCCACUGCGUCACCCUCCGUCGUCCGCAGCCAGUCCACAUCCUCCCGGCCUCCCUCCCAUCGUCCCCCUUCAUCUGAUCUUCCUCACCGAACCCGAAGUGUUGCGGUCCGUCCCGCGACUGCCUCCCAGCCCUCUCCGCAGCAUCACCAUCACAGCCAGCCGCAGAAUCGCUACUCCCACUCCUACUCCAAGUCCCAGUCCUAUGACCGCCGGCCUCCGUCGAAUCAAGCCGUGUUCGACAAUAUCGCCCGUCGGGACUUCGAAGCUGCCAGAGGUGCCCAACCCGUGUCCUCCCGUCGCAGUACCUCGAGAGAGCGUUCCCAGGAGCGCCCCUCCACCUCCUACCGCCCCGACUCAUCUUCAGCCCACCACCAUCGCACCCUAUCGAUAAAAGGGCAUCAACGAGACAGCAUAGACAUGGCUACCGCCGGGCCCGUCAUGGCGGAAGGUGCGGGACAUUCGCAGGCCGCUCCCACCCAUCUGCAUCCCACCAACUCCAACACCGCCGUCCCAUCGAAGCGUCGCACAAUGAUCACAACCCCGUCGGGUCAGUGGGCCCUGGGCAAAACACUGGGUGCUGGGAGCAUGGGAAAAGUCAAGGUGGGGAAAAACAUGGAUACCGGAGAGCAGGUCGCCGUGAAAAUCGUACCCCGGCAGUCAACAGAGGAACACCGCAGCUCGCGCGAGGCCGAGAGAGCAGAUCGCUCCAAAGAAAUCCGGACCGCCCGCGAAGCAGCCAUUGUCAGCCUCGUGAACCAUCCUUACAUUUGUGGCAUGCGGGACGUGGUGCGCACCAACUAUCAUUGGUAUAUGCUGUUUGAACUUGUCAAUGGGGGGCAGAUGCUGGACUACAUCAUCUCCCACGGCAAGUUAAAAGAGAAGCAAGCCCGUAAGUUCGCUCGUCAAAUCGCGAGCGCCCUGGAUUAUUGCCACCGCAACAGCAUCGUGCAUCGAGAUCUGAAGAUCGAAAACAUCCUCAUUAGUAAGACGGGAGACAUCAAGAUCAUCGACUUUGGCCUGAGCAACCUUUUCUCGCCGAGGAGCCUUCUUAAGACGUUCUGUGGCAGUCUGUAUUUCGCCGCCCCGGAAUUGCUACAGGCCAGGCAGUAUACCGGACCGGAAGUGGACGUGUGGAGUUUUGGGAUCGUUCUAUAUGUGUUGGUCUGCGGGAAAGUACCAUUUGACGAUCAAAGCAUGCCAAAGCUUCACGCGAAGAUCAAGCAAGGUUCAUUCGAGUACCCUCCAGGACUCACCACAGAGUGCCGUCAUAUAAUUUCGAGGAUGCUGGUGACCGAUCCUAAGCAGCGUGCCACUUUGUCCGAGAUCAUGAACCAUCCAUGGAUGAACAAAGGCUUCGGUGGGAUUCCGGAUAACUAUCUUCCAUACCGUGAACCACUACAGCUCCCCCUCGACCCGGAGGUCAUCGAAAAAAUGACAGGAUUCGACUUUGGCCCAGCGGACUACAUUACAACACAACUGACCAAAAUAGUCGAAUCCGAGGACUAUCAACAUGCCGUGAAAGCCAUGGCUCGCGAACAGCCCGCUCCUAGCCAUACCGAGAAGAAGCGCGGUGUGUUCGACUUCUACAAGCGACGAAAUUCUGCGAGCAGAGAUACGCUGUCCACUCCGUCCGCGGAGGCAGUCCAACUCGGCAAUGACCCUAUAAACGCCUACAGCCCGCUGCUAUCCGUCUACUACCUCGUCAAGGAGAAGCUUGAGAGAGAAAGGGUUGAGUCCAACCCGGGCGCGCUUGGCGUUCCACAGUCGGCCGGGGACUCGAUGCUCCAGAUGCCGGAUCUUCCCGCGCCAGAAGCGGCCCACACCAAUCAAUACAGUGUGCCGGGUGAGAAGGAUACUGGGAGAAGAUCUCGCCCGAGAGCAAGGACUCAUGGUGAUGACGAUCUUCAAGACGGCCUCAAAAACCUCCAUUUGGGCACGCAAACAGGGCAUUCUCCUGCGCCCCCUGCGUCACAGCCGGAGACUCCUGUGAAGAAAGAGAGCACCGCGGCAGGCAUUCUGAGGCGGUUCAGCACACGCAGGACCAAAGAACGUAGCCGUGACCCAGAACGUGGGAGAAUUGCGAGCCCGCAUACGCCGUCACUGAAUGUCCAGGCGCCUGCCGAUUCAGCCUCGCCUCUGUCUAGAGGAUUCAGUGUCAAGAGAACCAGGCGUGCGGACCCAUCGCCAACGGCCAUCCACACUGGUAGCCAGCCGCAGCAGGAUCUCCUCAAGGCCCCAGGAUCGGCUGAGCCGGCCUCGCGGUCCAACAAGUUCUUGGAGAGGUCAACAAGUGUGAACUCGGCUGACUAUCGGCCUCGUCGCUCCCGCAGAAAUGAUGCGGAUGCAGCGGCCCAGCCACCUCCGACUAGCGGCUCCGAUUAUGCGAACGUGCAGAAGGAGACUGCUCUUAAAGACCCCAAGUUGAAUCGCACUCAUACAGCUCGGACAAUGUCACUCGGUCAUGCUCGCCGUGAAAGCAUACAAGCCCGGAGAGCUAGACGGGAUGCUACGCGAGAGGCCAACGUCCCUGAGGAGACCGAUGCAGAUAUUUCUGGCGCAGGCACAGCGCUAGAGAGUGCAAACGAAGGAGAGGAUCUUUCCAAGCCGGUAUACCUCAAGGGUCUCUUCAGUGUUUCGACGACUAGCAGCAAACCCCUUCCCGUCAUCCGUUCCGAUAUCAUCCGAGUUCUCAAACAGCUUUCUGUCGAGUACGUCGAAAUCAAGGGAGGUUUCAGCUGUCGUCAUGCGCCGAGCAUCGACUUGGACAAAGUGGUGGAUGUCGGGCCUCCAAGCCCGGAUCGUCAGGGGCAUGUUUCCGGCCAUCGUCGCCGCAUCAGCUUUGGAGGGUUGUUGAGCCACGAAGAGAGGGAGGAAUCACGUCAUGCGCCCCGGUCACAGCGCCGAACCAGGGCGCCACCGGAUCACAGUUUCGUGACCAACUCGGAAGGAUCCGAUGAAGACGAUGGCUCCCGUGACCACCGCGAUAAUUUGGUGGUAGGCGAACGGGUCAUGGGAGAGACCACGACUCGGGUGCAGAGCGACACGGGAGAGAAUAUGGUGCUUCGAUUUGAGAUUCUCAUCGUCAAGGUGCCGCUGUUUUCGCUGCAUGGCAUCCAAUUCAAGAAGGUCGCCGGUGGCAUGUGGCAAUACCGGGAGAUGGCCAAGAAAAUCCUGGACGCUCUAAGACUCUGAGUGUAUUUCGACGGAUGGGAUCCCAGCAUGAGGGUCCAGUAUAUUUACUCGCGCCGACUAGGUCGGUUCGACCCAUGAGCAUUUGCAUGAGCAUCACGUGUUUCUUUUGUCCAUUUCUUAUGUCAACUUUUCGGUCUGCAUUACCACUGAGCUGGCUCAUCACUCCAGGUACUGGUUUGUCAUGGUGUACAUUAGAACCGAGCAAGGACGCAUCAUGGAUUUCAGUCAAUUCUUUCCGAUUCACAUGACUAUUGUCCUGUUGUAUAUUUCUACAGAGUUGUUGUUUCCUAUGUCAUACCUCGCAAGCCCCAUUCCAUGGGGCGUGGUGAGUUUACUGCGUAAGGUUAUGCCAGGUCGCUGGAAGUUUAUAUAGGUUGUUGAUUGAUUGUUCUGAUGGUAGUCACUAAUCAUUACCAUCGGCUCAUUGGUUAUGAACUAAUAUUACCUUGAACCACC